AUGGCAACAGGAAAUGAAACAAAUUUAUGUUCAAUCUGUAAUAAACCUGCAGCAAGAUGCUUUUGUAUUGGAUGUAAAAAAUAUUUUUGUUCAAAAGAUUUUAAAGAACAUGAACAACAAUUAUCAAUAAAAUUCGAUAAUGAAAUAGUAAGAUUACAUGAUGAACUUCUUGAUCAAAUACAAAAAUUAGAAAAAUCAAAUUAUUUAUCAUCGGAUCUUUUUGAUCAAAUUGAACAAUGGAAAAAAAUAACAAUCAAAAAAAUAAAAAAAGCAGCAGAAAAAGCUCAACAUGAACUUGGCGAAUUAAUCGAUAAACAAAAAAUAAUAAUAACAAAAUAUCUUGAACCUAUUACAUUAGAAAUUCGUUUUCGUCGAGAUGAAGAAAAUUUUGUAGAAAAUGAUAUUGAUCGACUUAAACAAAAAAUUAAUGGAGUACAAGAAAAACUUGAUCAAUUUAUUCAAAAAGAUAUAAAUAAAUCAAUCAUUAUUGAUGAUGAUCAAAUUGAUUGGAAUCAAUUGAUUUACAUUCGAGAAGAACAACAAAACUGAAAUCAAACAAAAUCAAAACAACGAUCGAUAAAUCUAUCAUUAAUGUUUGAAAUUUCAUUUCUCAUACCACUUCUACGCAGUGCAAAUCUGAAUGAAAAUGCAACAUGGAUUCAGCAUGGUAUCACUGUAGCUGGAGGAAAUGGAUAUGGUAAUGGAACGAAUCAACUUCAUUAUCCAAAUGGUUUGUAUGUUGGUAAUGAUCAAACUGUUUACACUGCUGAUUGCUCGAAUCAUCGUAUUAUGGAAUGGAAAUGUGAUGUGACGACUGGCCGAAUUAUAGCCGGUGGAAAUGAAAGCGGACAUCGUUCUGAUCAAUUGCACAAUCCAACAGAUAUGAUUAUUGAUAAAGAAAGAGAUAGUCUCAUCAUUUGUGAUCUUGACAAUGAAAGAGUUGUUCGAUGGUCUCUUCAAAAUGGUACAAAUGGAGAAACAAUCAUCUCAAAUGUUGGAUGUUCGGGCUUGACAAUGGACGAUGAUGGAUUUCUCUAUGUUGCUAAUUUUGAUAAACAUGAAGUUAGACGAUAUCGACUGGGAAAACGUCAAGAAACAAUUGUUGCCGGUGGAAAUGGACAAGGAAAUCGCCUUGAUCAAUUGAAUCAACCAACGUACGUAUGCGUCGAUCGAGAUCAUUCAGUGUACGUAUCAGAUAAGGAUAAUCAUCGUGUAAUGAAAUGGAUAGAAGGUGCAAAACAAGGUAUUGUUGUGGCUGGUGGUCAUGGUAAAGGAAAUAGUCUCACACAAUUAUCAAAUCCCCAUGGAAUUGUCGUGGAUGAAUUAGGUACUGUCUAUGUGGCUGAUUGUUCGAAUCAUCGAAUAAUGCGUUGGCGUCAAGGAUCUACAGAGGGAACUGUCAUCAUUGGUGGAAAUGGUCAAGGAAAUCAAUCGAAUCAACUCUAUUGUCCCAUUGGCUUGUCAUUUGAUCAAGAGGGUAAUCUCUAUGUGAGUGAUCAAGGAAAUCAUCGGGUACAAAAGUUCAAUAUUGAUCAAAGUUGA